AUGGGAGCCGCCGCCUCUGUGCCCGACGGCGACCCCACCGCCGUGACGGGAUCGGUGAGCGAUGUGCCGAAGGUGAGCGGCGUGCACGAGUUCACGAUCCGAGAGUACAGCCGCACCAAGGGCAUUGGCAUUGGCAAGUCGAUCAUCUCGCAGUACUUCACCAUCGACGGCCGCAAGUGGUACAUCCGCUUCUACCCGGACGGCUACAGCGCGGCGGACAGCGCCUGGAUCGCCUUCUACGCGCAGACGUUCUACAAGCCGCAGUUCUGCGCCGUGCGCGCCGAGUUCACCUUUCAGCUCCUCGGCGCCAACGGUGAGGCCCGUCACACGCGCCGCUCCGACCGGGCCUGCAAGUACGACACCUUCUGCAACAGCUGGGGCAUCCGCCGCUACAUCGACCGGAACCAGCUCGAGUCCGCCGCGCUCGCCGUCCUGCACAACGACUCCAUCACCGUGCGCUGCACCAUCACGAUCCACCAGGCGAGGCGCAGGAGCGUCCCGGUCGACCGCCCGGGGCUCGUUAAGAUGCCGGACCAGCCGGCGUCGGUCCACGACCACAACGCCAUCAGGUUCCUCGCCAGCGGGAAGGCCCCCUUCGACGUCCGGUUCGACGUGGACGGCGAGAUCUUCGAGGCGCACAGGAUGGUUGUGGCCGCGCAGUCGCCGUGGUUCGAAGGUCUCCUCUACGGCCAUGGACGCGAGGCCGGGGAGUCUGACCUCGUCGACGUCGGCAGCGGCGUGGUCGGCGCCGACGCGUUCCGUGGCGUGCUCCACUUCAUCUACAACGACGAGCUCCCGACUACCCUAACCGACAAGAGUGUGAAGGAGCGGUACGAGGCUACGCUGCGGCUGUUCGAGGCCGCCGACUACUACCUCAUGGACAGGUUGAAGAUGAUGUGCGCGAUCAGACUAGGCGACUUCAUCACGAACUCCACCGUGGACACGAUCGAGGAGUACGCCGAGGCGUACUCGUGCAAGGAGCUCGAGCAGGCGUGCAAGAACUUCAAGGAGCGCAGAAGCCUACUAGCGAAUUUAGAGAUUAUACGGAGAUUACUGUCCCGCGUCGUCGGCGCAAAUCACACAACGAGGAGGAUCAUGGGUGUCACGGCGGCUCCGUCGACAAGCCAACAACAGGCCGCUAACUAA